UUGAUACACAUAAAAAAAAAAAAAAAACCCUUAGCCGCCAUUCAUGGAAUUGUCUCGAGCAGAGAAGGUCUUGAACCUCUACGACUAUUGCUGGUUUGAGCUCCAAAUCCUUAAGAUCAAACAACCAUUUUCAUUGAAUUCAUCAAGCUCCGAAUCAGAACAAGAUCACCGAGAAGAAAUUACUCAAGAAAACGAAAAAAAGCAACCAAAACCAGAGAUUUCGCGAGUUCCGACUCACCACAACAGGUCAAUGAGCGACCAAUCGAUCAUGAACACAACAGAUCAUUCGUCGCCAAAGCUCUGCACAAUCCUCUCCGGAAAGGAAAUUCCCGGAUUCGAAAACCCAGAAACGGAAAACCUCGAAGUUGCAGAGCCGCCAAAGAAGAAGGUCAGUAAUCGAAGAAGAAGAAGAAGAAAAGGCUGCGAAAGCAAGAGCUUGUCGGAUCUUGAAUUCGAAGAACUAAAAGGGUUUAUGGAUUUGGGAUUUGUUUUCUCUGAGGAAGAUAGAGAAUCGAGUUUGGCUUCGAUAAUUCCUGGGUUGCAGAGAUUGGGAAAGAAUAAUAAGGAAUUAGAAGAAGAAAAGGAAAAAGAAGAAGAAGAAAAGAGAGAUUUUGCUAAUGGGUCUGUGAUUUCGAGACCUUAUCUUUCUGAAGCGUGGGAGGUGUUUGAUUUAAGGCCGAAGAGAGAAAAUCCAUUGAUGAAUUGGAGGAUUCCUGCUUCGGAAAACGAGAUUGACAUGAAAGAUAAUCUCAGAUGGUGGGCUCAUACUGUUGCUUCUACUGUUAGAUGAUGAUUGUGAAGAUUAAUCAGUUUCAAAGUUCUGGGUUUUUUUUUUUUUUUUUACAUGUUUUGUGCUUAAUUUAUUAUAGGGUAGCUUGUUUUGCAUUCAUUUUUUCAAGUUUAACAGCUUGUUCAUGUAAAGAGAGAUACGCAGAGGACAAUUUUUUUCAUCGUUGGACUAUGAUUGGCUGUGGAUUCCUCUGCCUUGUAAUUGAAAAGAAAGAAAAAAACAGAGAAGGAAUUAAAUUUAUUGAUUAAAUGGUCCGUACAGUUUAAUCUUGAUUACAAACCA